AUGGCGCUCAAGCAGAAGGGCACCGAUGCCGCCGCCGCCGACCCCAAGAAGCGCCGCCGCGUCGGCUUCUCCGGCACCGAUGCUGGUGUUGAGGCAAAUGAGUGUAUGAAAGUGUUUCUAGUAAGGAAUCCAGACGAGAUGGGCUCUGUAGACUGCACUUCUAUUGUGCCGUUUGACCUAAACCAUUUUUUUGGUGAAGAUGGAAAGAUAUAUGGUUACAAAAAUCUUAAGAUAAAUGUGUGGAUAAGUGCGAAAUCAUUCCAUGGAUAUGCUGAUAUUUCAUUUGACGAAACAUCUGAUGGAGGGAAAGGAAUAACAGAUCUAAAGCCUGUUCUUCAGAACAUUUUUGGAGAAAACUUGGUAGAAAAAGAGGAAUUUCUGCAUACAUUUUCGAAGGAAUGUGAAUAUAUCAGAACUGCAGUGACAAAUGGUAGUGCCAUUAAGCUUGAUGGCUUAUAUGAAUCAGACCCAGCAGUUGAGAUUGUUCGAGUUGAGCUCCAAGGUGCUGCUGCAUUUCUUUAUUCUCGUCUGGUACCGCUUAUUCUUCUUCUGAUUGAAGGUUCCACGCCCAUAGAUAUUGGAGAACAUGGAUGGGAAAUGCUUCUGGUAGUAAAGAAGACAACACAAGAGGCCGUUUCGAAAUUUGAACUGCUAGGUUUUGCAGCUGUCCAUAACUUCUAUCAUUAUCCUGAGAGUACUCGCUUGCGAAUCAGCCAGAUACUUGUCUUGCCACCUUAUCAGGGUGAAGGCCAUGGUCUUCGUCUUCUUGAAGCAAUCAAUUAUUUCGCACAGUCUGAGAACAUAUAUGAUGUAACUAUAGAAGACCCUUCUGAUUACCUGCAGUAUGUGCGCUCAUCCAUUGACUGCCUCCGUCUUCUCACGUUUGAUCCGAUCAAACCUGCACUCAGUGCUACUGUCUCGUCUCUGAAGGAGACCAACCUGUCAAAAAGGACUCACAGUUUGAGAAUGGUUCCACCAGCUGAGCUGAUGGAGACUGUCCAUCAGAAGCUGAAGAUCAACAAGAAACAGUUCCUCCGAUGCUGGGAAAUUCUAAUCUUCCUAAGCCUUGACUCUCAGGAUCAUAAGAGCAUGGACAACUUCAGGGCCUGCAUAUAUGACCGCAUCAAGGGGGAGAUCCUUGGCAGUGCCUCUGGAACUAACGGGAAGCGUCUAUUGCAGAUGUCAAGCAGUUCGAAUGAGGAGUCUUUUGCUGUAUAUUGGACACAGGAGAGUGGGGACGCAGACGACCAAACUGUUGAGCAGCAGCCAGAAGAUCUCAAGACUCAGGAGCAGCAGCUCAAUGAGCUCGUGGACAACCAAAUGGAGGAGAUUGUUGGGGUUGCCAAGAACGUCAAUUCACGUGGCAAGGACAAGCUGGUGGCUCCAUGA